UAUCAUCCCGUCUUCAAUGGCAUCGAAGGGCAAAGAAUUUGCGGGAGAGUUCCACUUGGACCUUGAUGCUUUUUCCGCAUCCCCGGGCCAAUUUAACCCCCUAAAAUCUACGACAUACUGCUUCAGAUGAAUCGACAAGCUUCACAAUGAAUGCAAGCAUUCUUACCAAGGCAGCGGCCCCGGGUCGUCUGCUGUCUAGCCGUAUUUCCAGGCAAUCCAAGCUCAAGGAUUCGGUUUGCAAACGCGCCCAAAUCCACACCGUCACUUGUACCGUUAGACCCACGAAGCCUCUAGCUUCUCGGGUGACAUCUCAAGCUCCCUCAUCCAAACGUGCAUUUCAUGCGACAUCCGCCAACCUCGCACCGAGCGAUCCCUACAAGACGUUGGGUGUUGACAAAUCAGCAUCUGCGGGCGACAUCAAGAAGGCAUAUUACGGCCUGGCAAAGAAAUACCACCCCGACACGAACAAAGAUGCCGGAGCGAAGGAGAAGUUUGGCGAGAUCCAGAGCGCAUACGAAAUCCUGUCCGAUCCCAAGAAGAAGCAGCAAUUCGACCAGUACGGCGCUGCCGGCUUCGACCCCAGCGGCGGCGGCGGCGACCCGUUCGGAGGCGCUGGAAACCCAUUCGGCGGCGGAUUCGGAGGGCAAGGAGGCUUCGGCGGCGCCGGCGGCUUCAACUUUGACGACAUCUUCUCCGCAUUCACGGGCGGCCAGGGAUUCGGACGCCGCGGCGGCGGCGGUGGAGGCGGACGGAACCCCUUCCAGCAGGAGAUCCUGGUAGGCGACAACAUUGAGGUGCAGUCGAGCAUAUCCUUCAUGGAGGCGGCCAAGGGAACGAGCAAGACCAUCACGGUGACGCCCCUGACGGAGUGCGGGACGUGUACGGGCAGCGGACUCAAGCAGGGCACCAAGCGGUCGGCGUGCAAGUCGUGCAACGGGACGGGCACGCGGGUGCACUUUAUGAACGGCGGGUUCCAGAUGGCGUCGACGUGCGGCAGCUGCGGCGGCACGGGCACGACGAUCCCCCGCGGGUCGGAGUGCAGGUCGUGCGCGGGCAACGGCGUCGUGAGGGAGCGCAAGACCAUCACGGUCGACAUUCCCGCGGGUAUCGAGGACGGGAUGCGGCUGCGCGUCGACGGCGCGGGCGACGCGCCCGUGACGGGCAAGAAUGCCGAGGCGGGCAUGCGGACGCAAAAGGGCGACCUCUACGUCUUUGUGCGCGUCGCGACGGAUCCCAAGUUCCGCCGCGCCGGGUCGGAUAUCCUGUAUACGGCCAGCAUCCCCAUCACGACGGCGAUGCUCGGCGGCGAGGUAACGGUGCCGACGCUUGACGGGCAGGUCAACGUCAAGGUGGCGACGGGCACCAACACAGGCGACAAGCUGACGCUGUCGGGCAUGGGCAUGAAGAAGCUCAACGGCAGACGGGGCGGCUCAGGCGACCUCAAGGUGGAGUUCCGGGUUAAUAUGCCCAAGUACCUGAGCGCGAACCAGCGUACGCUGGUGGAGAUGCUGGCGAACGAGAUGGGAGACAAGACGGCGCGGAAGAUUAUGAACGUCACUCCCCAGGGGUGAGUCCUUUUACCUGCGCGAGAACACGGGCGAGCGAGCGAACCAGUCGACACCGGACUUUUCUGCGUCUUCUUUCCUCUCUACCUCACUCUGUCCUGAAACUAGGACACACCUCGACGCCCGUUUGUACUAAUUCCCGAAAGUAGAACCCAGCCAGCUUCGCCCGACGACUCCGAGACUCACAAGAACGAAGGCUUCCUCAAGUCCAUGUGGCACACCCUGACGAACCACCCGGCUCACCAGAAGCCUGGCGAAGACGGUGCGGCAACAACGGAUAAGAAGACGGACGAGAAGAAGGACGAGUCCAAGAAGGACUCUUGAGCUCUUGGUGGCUCGUCUUGAGCUAGAAGGUGUCUUUAAUGUCCUCCGUCCUUGUACCAUAUCUCGGGCCUCCUUGCGCGAGCCUUGGCGGGUGUAGACGCGAACUUAUAGAAGAGCGGAAAAGUGUUGGAGGAUCUUGCA